AUGAGUACUGUUCUUCCUCAAAAGCUGGCAGCAGUUGCCUAUGCAGCGACAGAGGUCACUGAGGGGAAGGAUUUGACCACACAUACCGUUCAGACUCUGCCUCUUGGAAAGCCAAGGAAGGACCGAAGGUUCCUCUGGGAGAGGAGAGAUGACAACUACGACCCUGAAGAUAUAGCAACCCAACCCAGCGUAUUUGACGAUCCAGAUGUUGCGGUCGAGUAUCAGCCUCCUAGUAAUUGGGAAAAUAUUCAUCGCUUCGAUCCUCUGGCGCGAUGGACUUGGAGAGAGGAAGACAGCGUCGUCAGAAAGAUGGACAUCCGGAUCUUCAUCUGGACUUGUGUCAUGUUCUUCGGACUCGAGAUCGACCGGGCAAAUAUCCAUCAGGCACUAACCGAUGGGUUCCUUACGGAUCUUGGACUCAACACCAACGGAAACACCGUCUUUGCUGUUGCGUUCUUGUCGGCCGAACUUCCAUCACAGCUCGUCUCCAAGUGGGCUGGACCCGACCGAUGGAUCCCUACGCAGCUCACCCUCUGGUCUGUGGUUGCGGCGUCUCAGUUCUGGAUAUCCGGGAGGUCCUCCUUCCUCGCCUGCCGUGUCCUCAUUGGGUUUUUGCAAGGAGGCUUUAUUCCUGAUAUCAUUCUGUACCUCUCAUACUUCUACAAGCAUACUGAGAUGGGAAUACGCCUUAGUAUCUUCUGGAUGUCCAUGACCGCUGCCGAUAUCAUAGCUGCGUUCCUUGCCUACGGACUUCUCCACAUGCGGGGUGUCCUUGGCUAUGCUGGAUGGAGGUGGUUGUUCUUGAUAGAGGGUCUCCUCAGCUUACUGAUUGGCCUUGCUUCGUUCAUCAUGAUGCCAGCUGGCCCAACUGAGACAGCUAGUUGGUUCCGUGGUAAGAAUGGCUGGUUUACCUCCAGAGAGGAAGAAAUCAUGGUGAACCGCGUGAUUCGUGAGGAUCCUAGCAAAUCUUCUAUGCACAAUCGUGAGAGGAUUACCCUGGGACUUCUGUGGAAGAGUGUAUGUGACUUUGAUCUGUGGCCAAUCUACUUGAUUGGUAUCACCUCGAUGAUACCUCAAAAUGUUCCACGGUCAUAUCUUACCCUCUCUCUCAGGGCUUUGGGGUUCGAUACCUUUCACUCCAAUCUCCUCGUCAUCCCGUCGCAGGUAUUCACAAUGAUCACCAUGCUCAGUAUAGCCUGGCUUGCAGAUAAGACCAAGAGAGUGAUCGCGCUCUGCUUCAUCCCCAUGAUCUGGAUCCUUCCUAGCCUUAUAUGGCUACGCACAUCUUACACAGUUGAUUCACCUCGCUGGACGGUUUAUGGUGUUAUUACUGUCCUUGUAUCAUCUCCUGUGACACAUCCUAUUAUCGUUGGGCUGGCCUCACGUAACUCAAACUCGGUCCGAUCACGUACAGUGUCUGCAGCGCUCUACAACAUGUCAGUUCAACUGGGCGUCAUUAUAGGCUCAAACAUCUACCGCCAGGAUGACCUACCCUUGUACCGUACUGGAAACUCAGUUCUAUUGGGGCUUCUGGGCUGGAAUUUGUGCGUCUAUCUUGCAACAUUGCUUUACUACCGCUGGAGGAAUGCUUCGCGAGAUGAAGCGUGGCACGCACUAUCCGAGGACGAACAACUCGAGAAGAUUCAAGAGGAAUCGGGCGAGGGAAAUAAGAGGCUUGAUUUCAGUUUUUUUGUUUUUGCCGGCGGUCUACCAGACUACAUCAUCGAGAAUUUCUAUGAUAUCGUCGCGACUCUGGAGAGAGAUCAUGAAAUGGUCAAUGCUGAAUACUUGGACUCGCUCUGGUUGAGACAUGGUAUCCUUGGAAAGAAGACAAAAUAUAAACUCAAUUUCUUCUUCACUUCCGCUCCGUUGAACGAGAUCAAACAAGACAUUUUACAGCUACUGGAUCAAGGUGGCCCUCCCGCUCUUUUCGACUACACAGAAACGAAUGCCGAACCCGAACCUAUUGAUUGGAUAGGUGAAACACUGUCCGGCACUGCAAUACGUCUCGAUAAAGCUCCGGGUACAGAAGUGUCACGCCACAUCAUUCGAAAGCGCGCCUUGUCCCCAUCCGCGCCAACUCCUCCCACAAAAUUCCCGCGACUCGAGACUUACACCGAUAUCCACGAAAUUCCUCAAUCAGCUCAAGACCCAAGAACGAGACUCGAGUGGGUGAUGAAUACACGACAGCCUCCAGGUCGAUGA